UGUUAAUUCUUCCUCUCUGCUUUUUAUUGUUGUUCAAAAGAAAAAAACUAAAUCUAAAAUAAAAGAAAAAAACUAAAACUCUUCAUCAUUCUAAUGGAUUCUACUUUUCCCGUUACAAUUAAUCUUCUUGUUGCUGGAAUGUGCUUCUUGGCUCUUUGGUGUACAAUAUUCUACACUGAAGUUGUGAUUGAAGUAUUAAACCGAUUCUUUAUACUGCCUAUGUUUUGUUGGGUUACUAACAUCAGAAAAUCAAAAUCCCAUCAAAAAAACAAAACAAUGGCUUCUUCUUCUUCUUUAACUCUUUUGGCUCCUCCGUCUUCUUUGCCUCACAUCUGGGUACAUCAUGUCUUCCCAAGCUUCCACGGGGCCGAUGUCCGCACAAACUUCCUCAGCCACGUUCUCAAGGAGCUCAGAAGCAAAGGAAUCGACCUAUUCAUUGACAAUAAUUUAGAGAGAAGUAAGUCCAUCGGUCCUGCGCUCAUAGAAGCUAUUAGAGGAUCUAAGAUUGCGAUUGUCUUUCUCUCGAAGAACUAUGCUUCGUCGACAUGGUGCUUAAACGAGCUGCUGGAGAUCAUGAAGUGCAGAGAAGAGUUUGGUCAAACAGUGGUGCCCCUUUUCUAUCAAGUGGAUCCGACUGAUAUAAAGAAGCAGACUGGUGAUUUUGGGAAAGUCUUCAGAAAAACUUAUCGAGGAAAAACAAAGGAGGAGAUCAGAAGAUGGAAACGUGCUUUGACGGAAGUGGCCCAAAUCGCAGGUUUCCAUUCAACAAACGGGAAGCCUGAAGCAGAGAUGAUUGAAGAUAUUGCCACUGAUGUUUCCAACAAGUUGAACCUUUCCGCACCAUGCAGUGACUUUGACGGCUUAGUUGGGAUGGAAUCUCAUAUGACAAAACUGGGACCAUUGUUACGGCUAGAUUCAGAUGACGUGAGAAAAAUAGGGAUUCUGGGUCCACGUGGGAUUGGUAAGACCACCAUUGCUAGAUUUCUGUUCAACAGACACUCUCCGGAUUUCCGACUGAGUGUCUUUAUGGAUAGUAUCAAACAAAAGCAUGCGAUAAUGGCUUGUUCUGAUGACUAUGGUGUGAAGUUGGAUUUACAGAAGCAGUUUAUGUAUCAACUAACCAAUGAAAAGGAUAUCAAGGUUUCACAUCCGGGAGUCAUCAAAGACAGGUUAAAAGACAAGAAAGUUCUUGUCGUCCUUGAUGAUGUGGAUCGUUCAGUACAGCUAGAAGCCAUGGCGAAAGAAAAUAGUUGGUUUGGUGCUGGGAGUCGGAUUAUCAUCACAACACAAAAUCAAAACGUUUUAAAAGCAAGUGGGAUCGACUAUACAUACCGGGUGAAUUUACCAUCAGAGAAUGAGGGUUUUCAAAUGUUUUCCAUGUACGCUUUUGGUCAGAAACGCUCUAAGCAUAUUUACAAUCCGAACGUUUGGAAAGUUAGGUGUCUUGCAGGUGAUCUUCCGUUGGGGUUAAGGGUUAUGGGCUCCUAUUUUCAGGGAAUAUCGCCAGGGCAAGAUUGGAUAGAGGCACUCUCAAGGUUAAAUACAAACCUUGACCAAAAUGAAGAAAUUGCAAGUGUUUUAAAGUUAACUUAUGAUACCUUACAUGAUGAAGAGAAAAGUUUAUUUCUUCAUAUAGCAUGUUUUUUUGCUAAGGAAUCAGUUGAUAUAGUGGAAAGCUGUCUAGCAACAUGUUUUUACAAUGUGACACAAGGGCUUCACAUCUUAGUUAAAAAAUAUCAAAUACAUUUGUACAAUGGAUAUAUAGAGAUGGCUGAGUUGUUAGUCCAGUUGGGAAGAAAAAUUAUGCGAGAAGAACAUGUUAGUGAGCCUGGGAAACGCCGGUUUUUGCAUGAUGCAAAGGAGAUUGAAGAAGUACUUAAUGAUGAUAAAACUGGUAGUAGCAAUGUCAGAGGAAUAGAUCUUAAUGAAGACAUAACAUGUACAAGUGAAAGAGCCUUUGAAAGAUUGUCUAAACUUCAAUUCUUAAGAAUCAAUGGUCUUGGCAUCAAUCCGCAAAGUAUGAACUACAUACCCAAAAAACUUAGAGUACUAAGUUGGCGGCAGUUCCAGCUGACAUGUUUUCCCUCUAGUUUUAAUCCAAACUUCCUAGUCAAACUAGAGAUGCAGUAUAGCGGGCUUAAGAAACUGUGGGAAGGAACUCAAUCACUCAGCAAUCUCAAGUGGAUGGAUUUGAGUGAAUCAAAAAGAUUGAAAAAGCUUCCUGAUCUCUCAACUGCCACUAAUCUUUAUGACUUGAAUCUCUGUGGUUGCUUAAGUCUGGUAGAGCUCCCUUUUUCUAUCGGGAACGCAAUUAAUCUCCAACAAUUAAACCUCAGCUUUUGCUCAAGUCUGGUGAAACUCCCUUCCUCCAUUGGGAAUGCAAUUAAUCUCAUAAAACUGCAUCUCAGUGGUUGCUCAAGUCUGGUGGAUCUCCCUUCCUCGAUUGGGAAUGCAAUUAAUCUCAGAUUUUUAGUUCUUAUUUAUUGCAUAAGCCUGGUGAAACUCCCUUCCUCCAUUGGGAAUGCAAUUAAUCUCGAAGUACUGAAUCUCAGUAAUUGUUCGAGUCUGGUGGAUCUCCCUGCCUCUAUGAGAAAUCUUGGUAGAUUGUCGAGAUUGUAUUUACAGAAUUGCUCAAAGUUAGAGGUUAAUCUGGCCAACAUCAACUUUGAAUCUCUAGAAGAACUCGAUCUCUCAGAUUGCUUUUCGUUGAAAAGUUAUUCUGAGAGUUCAACAGACACUCAAGAGCUUGAUUCAUGGAGAGGGAGAAUAUCACGUCUACGUCAUCUUAAACUAAGUGGGAUGAAGAAGCUGGUAUCACUCCCACAGCUUCCGAAUUCGGUAGUGGAACUGGAUGCAGAAGAUUGUGAGUCCCUGAAGAGACUAGAUUGCUCCUUUCGCAAUCCAGGUAUUCGUCUCAACUUCCUUAAUUGCUUCCAACUAAAUCAAGAAGCGAAAGAUCUCAUCAUCCAGACGCCUACUACUCGACAUACGGUCUUUCCAGGUGGAGAAGUGCCUAAGUGCUUCCCUUACCAAUCUUAUGGGAGUUCCUUAACUGUGAAGUUGAAUCAAACGCCUCUUGGCAAAUCAACCAAAUUUAUGGUGUGCAUUUGUGCUGGUGAGGGAAGGCGCAUUAGCGAAUGGGGAUACGUCGGUUAUAUCAUCAAGUCCAAAGGGAACAUAGUCACUUCUGCUGGUAAAAGAGUAGAUAGUUUUUUUCCUGGGCAUCUGUACACAUUCGAGGUUGAGGUUGAAACAAAGAAGUUGACUUCCAAAAAACUUGUUUUUGAGUUCGGCUAUCUGCAAAAGGAGAGUUACAAUCCGGAGUCCCCCGAUACCUAUCAGUUGAAAAAAUUAUCCAACAUGUUGGAGAUAAAACAAUGCGGGAUAACUCCUGGAGGUCCCUUUUACUGAGCUUCAGAGAUGUCCAUGAAGACAUCCAAAAGAAUUAUCCAACUUAUUUCGUGAUUCUGUCUCGUAUUUGAUUUGUUUACUUCUGCGUCCUGCAAUUUUUUUUUGUAUAAAAUAUCUUGAGUAUGUAAUAAAACAGCAAAACU